AUGAGAAUUUUAUCUUAAAUUCCGAUAAAUAAUUCAGUGUUAUUUAAUUAAACGUGUUAACAUACAUAACUAGAAAAAGUUAAAAUUCAGACAUUACAACCUUUUUUAGUUUUAUUGUGUGUGUUUAGUUUUUGUGCCAAUUGCCCUUUGGUCCGUUGGUGCUUUUUAAUGUUGCUAACUAUUAAUUUCAUUGAUUUAUUAAUGUUUUAAUCAAAAGUAUGUUUGUAAAUGGAACAAUUACAAUUUUGUACGGUUCACAAACAGGAAAUUCACAAGAUGUUGCUGAGAGGAUUUGGAGAGAAUCAAAACGUUUUUACUUUACUGGGUCUGUUAAACCUAUGGAUGAAUAUAAUAUAAAAGACUUAAUUGCAGAAAAGUGCGUUAUAUUUGUUUGCUCAACAACAGGCCAGGGUGAAGAACCUGAUAAUAUGAAAAUGUUUUGGAAAUUUCUUCUAAGAAAAAAUCUUCCCCUUGAUUCCCUUUCAAACCUCAAAUUUGCUGUCUUGGGUUUGGGAGAUUCAAGUUAUGCUAAGUUUAAUUUUGCAGCUAAAAGGUUGCACAAAAGAUUAUUACAAUUAGGAGGUAAAGUCUUGGUUAAUAUGGGCUUAGCAGAUGACCAGCAUGAUCUUGGAUAUGAUGCUGUGGUAGAUCCAUGGAUUGAAAAUUUGUGGAAUGAAGUAUUAAAGAUUUAUCCUUUACCUAGUAGUAUAGAACCCCUUCCUAAACACAUGAAGAUUAAUCCUAGAUGGUCUGUUUCUACAUUCUUAAAACCAAACAGCAGUCUUAGGAAUGGUUCAAUGUACUAUUCAACUCGAUCUAACAAAGAGUUUUUUGUUACUAUUAAAGAUAACUUAAGGACCACUGAUGGUUCACAUUUCCAGGAUGUUAGAUUAAUAAAAUUUCAAACAAAUGGUCAGAAAUACCAGCCUGGAGACAUUUUAGUUUUAAGGCCAAAAAAUAGACCAGAACAAGUACUUGAGUUCUUUAAAAUACUGGAGUCAAAUAAUGUAUUUAUAUCGCCAGAUACAGUAUUUAGACUCUCUGAAUUAAGUCCAGAGAUACCAGUACCUCCUGUUUUAAGACAAGAUAUAACUUUUCGCCAAUUGUGCGAAGAAUACUUCGAUUUAUCGGCCCUUCCCCGAAGGCAUUCGUUUGAAAUCCUGGCACAAUUAACUGAAAGUGAUUUGGAGCGAGAAAAAUUUUACGAAUUCACAUCAGCACAAGGACAAAACGAGUUAUAUAAUUACGUUAAUAGACCUAGACGAAAUGUAGUUGAAGUGUUGGGCGAUUUUCCCUAUGCAAUUAGCAAUAUAACACAAGAAAUGUUCUUCGAAAUACUAACACCAAUUAAACCACGAGAAUUUUCAAUUGCCAGCAGUUGCAUUGCCCACGAAAACGAAAUUCAUAUUCUCGUAGCAGUUGUAAAAUACAAAACUAAAAUGGUAAAACAACGGUACGGUUUGUGUUCAAAUUAUUUGGCUGAUUUAAAACCUGGUGAUACUGUUUCCGUAUGGACUAAAAAAGGGUGCUUUAAAUUUCCAAACGACGACAAUACUCCUAUCAUAAUGGUUGGACCAGGUACGGGGGUGGCACCCUUUAGAAGUUAUAUUUUAGACCGAGCUAAAAGGGGUACUGCAGACAGCAAUAAUUUAAUGUUAAUAUUUGGCUGUCGAAACAAAGAUAAAGAUUUUCACUGUAGAGAAGACUUUGAAAAGCUUCAUCAACAAGAAAAACUUCAACUUGUAUGUGCCUUUUCCAGAGAUCAAGACGAAAAAGUAUAUGUGCAGCAUAAAAUUAAGGAGCAUGCAGAGCAAGUUUGGGACUUAAUUAAAGAACGGAAUGCUUGUGUAUUUAUAGCGGGUAGUUCAAAGAAUAUGCCUCAACAGGUUCGCGAAGCCUUCGUCAGUGUUUGCCAGAAAUAUGGCAAAAUGUCCGAAAUUGAAGCUACCAAAUAUAUUGUUGAUAUGGAGAAAGAAAAUCGAUAUCAGCAGGAAACGUGGUCAUAAUGAAAGGUAAUACGUAGUUGAUUCAUUUAUAAUUGUGCAUGCUUGUAGUAUGAUAUUUUAAUUAAUCUGUUACUUUACUGUUUCAGUUUUAGGAAAAUAUAAACAAAAUAAUUUGUUAUUUAUA